UUGUGACCACGGCAAAUCCCAUGACAAAAUACAUUGAACUGGAAAAUAUCGGCAGCGGGACCUUUGGAGAGGUUUGUCGAGCACUCGACACUGCCACAGGAGGAGAGGUGGCCAUGAGGAAAAUAAAUCUCCAAGGACCGAGGAAGAAGGGAUUAAACUUCAAUGAACUCAUGGUCAUGAGGAUGAGUAGGAAUCCCAACCUGGUCCACUGUGUAGACAGCUACCUGGUGGAUAAGCAGUUCUGGCUGGUUAUGGAGUACAUGGAUGGAGGCACUCUGAGUGAUGUCAUCAGCAAGACCUACCUGUCUGAGGAUGAGAUGGCAGCCAUCAGUCGGGAGUGCCUGCAAGGACUGGAUUUUCUUCACUCAAACCAUGUGAUCCACCGAGAUGUGAAGAGCCGCAACAUCCUUCUCAGAACCGACGGCUCUGUCAAGCUGGCUGACUUUGGCCUCUUUGUUCCGCUCACCCCUGAGCAGAGUAGACAGAGCUCAGUGACGGGCACUCCUGGGUGGAUGGCGCCUGAAGUUGUGAAAGGUCAACCAUGUGGCCCCAAAGCGGACAUCUGGUCUUUUGGAAUUGUGGGCAUCGAAAUGGUGGAAGGAGAAGUUCCCUACUGGAUUGAAACUCCCGUCUCGCAUCAACUCCUGAUAGCCACGGGAGAGAGACAAAAGCUGCAGCAGCCAGAACCACUAUCUCCUUGGCUGCGGGACUUGGCAGCAUUAGGCAAAAUACUUGCCAUUCCUCCCUUGCCCAGCUGCCAUUCACCCCCUAGAUCCAGCUGUUAG